AUGGCUGUUUAUAACACUUCUUCUGCAGUCUAUGGCCAAAUGCCUCAACAGACUUCUCAUAUUCAGCACCCACAGCACCCACAGCACCCACAGCACCCACAGCACCCACAACAACAACAACUACAACAACUACAACAACUACAACAUCAACAUCAUCAUCAACAACAACGAAUGUCUUCUGGUUUGGCUGCUCCUGGUUAUAUGAAUUCUACUCCAUCACCUGCUCUUUCACUUUCUACAGGUCAUAUUUCAACCUCCUCUUCUUCUGUUUCUCCAGCUUCUACAACUUCUAUUAACCAUUCUGCUGCAACUGCAGCUCCACAAGCCUUUGUUUCUUCAAGCGGUCCUUCACAAUCAUCAUCAAUGCAUACACCUGCAUCUUCGUCCUCUUCAUCAGCAUCUUCUGCACCUACUGCCAUUCAACCGACUGGAAUUCCUCAACCACAAUCUUUACCCAUUCUUUCAUGGGAAGAUUGUGAACGUGAACUUAAUGAUGUUAACAUGCUACCCAUCAUAGGGACUGAUCUUUCAUUUCCUGUUGUCCCUGACUCUCAACAACAACAUUAUGCUACUACAAUCUCCUCUGUAGGUGGUGCUCCAAACGUGGCUACUACAUCUGCCAUAUCCACUUCUACAUCCACACCUACACCAACCAACAAUACCAACUCAUUAACAACUGUUACUUCAUUGGGUCUUCAAAACUCUCAUGCUCAACAACCACACUUGAAUCAACAGGUUUCUAUCCAAUCUAAUGCUACUGUAACAGCUGCUAGUCUUAUGGAUUCAUCAUCAUCUUCUUCUCCACCUUCAUUUUAUACUCAAGGUUCUUCUCCAAUUGGAUUUUCACCUACCCCUGUUACUACUAAUGGUCAAGAUGUUUGGGUCAUACCUCACCAUGCAGCUACUUCUACAAUACCUGCAACUAUUGCUCCUUCGCAAUCUAUUGGCCCAUCUACUACGGCUCCCUUUUACUACUCACAGCAACAGCAACAACAACAACAACAACAACAACAGCAGCAGCAACAGUAUAUUCAACAGCAGCAACAGCAUGCACGACUUUUACAACAACAACAACAACAGCAUCAACAAAACCCUGUAUUUCCUGGUAAUCAAGUAGAAAACAAAAGUUACCCCCACACUGGAUCUUCGACUCUUGUCCAAAAUCAGGCAAUAAUAUCACCCCCUCCAUUUAUUAAUAGCUCUUCAGAUGAAGACUUGAGCCUCUCUUCUUUGAAAAACUCUAAAAAAAAAGGUUCUGCUCCCAAGAAAACUGCCAAGGGAUCUACAUCAAGUGUUAUACCUGCCACAAGUGCCACUACAGCCACAACAACAACUACAUCAACAUCAACAUCAACAACAGCUGUCUCUGGUUCUGUCUCUGGUUCUGUCUCUGCCUCUGCGUCUCAGGAAGAUGAUGAGGAGAUUAUUACAAAAAGGAAGGCCCAAAACAGAGCUGCGCAGCGCGCAUUUCGUGAACGUAAAGAAGCACGUGUGCGUGAGCUUAUGGAAAAACUGAAUGAGUCUGAAAAUGAAAAAAAGAGACUGUUUAAUGAAAAUGAACGACUCAAAAAGGAAAACACAGUAAUUGCGACUGAAAAUCAGGUAUUACUGGCUACAACUACUGGGCGGUACCAUGAAGAAGAAGAAGAAGAAGAAGAAGAAGUAAAAGUAGAAGUAGAAGACGAUGGAGAUAAAGUCAUGACUGAAGGAGAAGAAAAGGAGGAAGAGGCUAAUGGAACAAAAAGGGAUGACAAGGUAGGUUUUGUUUCGGUAACCAAGAAAAAGUCCCGGGCAGGACUGCGGUAUAGCAUCCAGAAGCAACAGCCGCUCAAGGCUGUGUUCCCAGUACAUCGGUUCAACUUUGAGUUAUUGCGGGAACAUGAUGAAGAGAUUAAUCUCAAAACAUAUGGUAUUGCCGAUCUUCAUAGCGAAAAUGACAGCAUGCUUGCACCCUCAUACAUAGUUUAUGAAGAAGCUGCGGCUGGUGAAACCAUGCUUGGCGCUGGUGCUGUAUGGGAAAUUAUUACACAACAGCCUGAUUCUGAGGAUAUUGAUAUUGCACAAGUCAUGACCUUUUUACGAGGAAAGGAGCGAUGUGAUGGGUUUGGUCCUGUUUUUAAACGUUCGGAUGUGUUGCGUGGAAUUGAUACCGCAAGAAACCCGAUUCAGGGGCUAAAGGAUAUCGGCGGGUCUGAGUCUACAGGACCUGGUAUAGGUGGUGGUGGAGGAAUUGAGGUGGGCGGUAGUAAUGGCCUGGCGCCUUUUUCAAUGGAGUUGGACUGA